GUUAAGACGCCACUGGGAUCGGGAAAGGCGCUGUGCUCGGCAGGCUGCAGGGGAGGAUCCCAGCUCCUAGCUGGAGGGGCGGCGGCUCGGACUAGAGGGUGCUACGAGACGUGCGGACAGGGCUGCCAACACGUGUGUGGUGAAGGCGCGGCAGCCAAGGCCACGUGUCAGCGCAGGGACGACCCAGUGACCACAAGGCCGCGGACAGGUGCAGCCGGAGACGACCAUCUGGGUGCCCUGGGAUUGCGUUCCGGCAGGCCGAGCCUGCUUCUUCUCUGCCUCCGGCCGCCCGCGGCCAGCCCGGAGCCCAGCCCUGCCCAGCCCUGCCAGUCCCUCCGCAGCUCCACACUGUUGAGUCGCCGGCCGGAAGCCUGGGGGCGUGACGAACGCCGCCCCACCCUCAGGCCACAGGCCAAUGGGUAUGCGCGGCUCAUGAAUAGUGAGCACGCCGGCGCCCCCGCCCGUAUCCCGUAGCACCGCCCGCCCGCGCAGACCCCGAGCGCGGCCGCGGACGAAGAUGGCGACCGCCAUGUACUUGGAGCAUUACCUGGACAGUAUUGAGAACCUUCCAUGUGAACUUCAGAGGAACUUCCAGCUGAUGCGAGAGCUGGACCAGAGGACAGAAGAUAAGAAAGCAGAGAUUGACCUCCUGGCUGCAGAGUACAUCUCCACAGUGAAGACUCUUUCUGCAGACCAGCGGGUGGAGCACCUGCAGAAGAUCCAGAGUGCCUACAGCAAGUGCAAGGAGUACUGUGAUGACAAGGUGCAGCUGGCCAUGCAGACCUAUGAGAUGGUGGAUAAGCACAUACGAAGGCUCGACGCAGACUUGGCACGCUUCGAGGCGGAUCUGAAGGACAAGAUGGAGGGCAGUGACUUCGAGAGCUCCGGGGGGCGAGGGCUGAAAAAAGGUCGAGGUCAGAAAGAAAAGAGAGGGUCCCGAGGCCGAGGCAGGAGGACAUCAGAAGAAGACACUCCAAAGAAAAAGAAGCACAAAGGAGGGUCCGAGUUCACAGAUGCCAUCCUGUCUGUGCACCCCUCCGACGUUCUGGACAUGCCUGUGGACCCUAAUGAGCCCACAUACUGCCUGUGCCACCAGGUGUCCUAUGGGGAGAUGAUCGGCUGCGACAACCCUGAUUGUCCUAUAGAGUGGUUUCACUUUGCCUGUGUGGACCUUACCACGAAACCCAAAGGAAAAUGGUUCUGUCCACGGUGCACCCAGGAGAAGAGGAAGAAGAAAUAGAAAGAGCCGGAAGGGGAAGUUCACAUGCCCCUGGUUCACGCUGCAAUAUUUCCUUCCAUUUUAAAGCUACCUUGUUUAAUUGAUAUUUAAUAACUCAGUGGCCAGUUGUAACUUGGAUGUUUCCCAAGAAACCACUGUACUCUGUACAGAGCAGUGUCUUACAGGGACUCAUUACAGUGACAUUAUUUAAACCCCCUCCAGCACCAAGUGAGGCAGGUGCUGAGAGAGCCCUAGGGGCCUUGGGCUGCCAGACACAGCCUUGUUGGGGCAGAGGCAUUUUAACCUGGUAUACUGCCACCACUUUGCAGCUGGAGCCAUCACCCUUUAUAGUCUAUGAGCAGUUUCCUAGGACUGUUGUGUGUGGCGUGGGCUCCACAUGCCCUGACACCACUGUUAGCACAUCUGUCACUCAGACAUACGUGUGGGGUCCAGUGCCAAGACUGCCAGGUGCCCCCUGCACACUCAGCUCUGACGCGGGUUCCAGUGACCAUGGACUCUCAGUGAGGACCCUUCUGACACGUGCCUGCGACAGGUGAGGGGCCCUCUCGGGAGGAGGUGGCCGCGGCUUACUGCACUGCCUUUUUACUUUGGACUCAGUCUCCCCGUCCAGGGGAUUUACCUUCCAGAGUAAACAGCUCUUCAUUAGCAAAUGGCCUGUCAGUGACCAUGACCAGCACCGUGAGAGACGCGUAACAGCUGGGCCGGGGUUCUGUUUCUCUGGGAAUUCCUGACAUUUUUACUGUGAAGAUGAAAUUACUGUAGCAGCAUGAAGAUUGUGGGUCUGUGUGUCUGUGAAGUGAGUCCAGUCCACUAGAGCUGACUGCACACCUGUGCUGCAUGUGGCCGGGUGGCAACUUGUGUCCAGGCACUGCCAUGAUGCAUAGGACUUGUGAAUUUGUUGUGUCACAAUAGUAGUUCUGGAAUGAAGUUAGGAAACUAGUGUAUUUUUUGUUUAAUCAGCAUUCACCAAACAAUUUUGAAUCAUCUUUUUUAUAGUAGGUGGGAAAAAUGCAUAUAUUUGGUCUGAAAUGCACAUUUGUGUGGUACCUGAAGUGUGACUUCUGAGCAUCCUUAGACUCUGAAAUCCCAUAGCAUGCGUUUAGGUUAGAAGGCUCUGUCCUUACUCCAGAAACAGAAAUCUGUGAGAGAAUUGAGAUCUGAAAUUCCCAACUUAAGAAAAGUUUCAUUUUCUUUUCUUUUUCUUUUUGAGACAGAACCUCAAGCUAUCGCCCUGGGUAGAGUGCUGAGGAGUCACAGCUCACAGCAACCUCAAACUCCUGGGCUUAAGCGAUUCUCUUGCCUCAGCCUCCCAAGUAGCUGGGACUACAGGCACCCACCACAAUGCCUGGCUGUUUUUUGGUUGUAGUUGUCAUUGUUUAGCAGGCCUGGGCUGGAUUCAAACCCGCCAGCUCUGGUGUAUGUGGCUGGCGCCUUAACUGCUUGAGCUACAGGUGCCACCCAACUUUCAUUUUCUUUAUGAAGCAGGCCAUUGGAAUGAUGGACUCAUUUCCUGCUGAUGGCCACAUGAGUAUUACUCUUCCGUUCUCUAGCAUCUCACUGAGGAGAGGAAAUAAAUUAGAAAGGAACUUGUGAAGCCCUGUAUCUUGGAGCUGCUCCCUGCAAGGAGCUGAUAGUUGAGUGGUAAUGAGAAUGCUGGAGAAUGGUCACAGGCAGAGUGGUGUCCAGGUCUGAUCCUCAGCCGUGUUUAGGCCUGGAGGAUGAUUCUGGAAUGCCUGUCCUUUCCUAGGAGUGACCGAGGGAGCAGGACUUGCUCUCAGGUGCCAGUGGGUAUGUGUGGGUGGGCAUGUACAGGUCUUUCUCAGGUGGCAGGUGCCAGGCAGGUAUGUGGGAGGCUCAGCAGCUAUUGAAGGAGUCCUUGCCAGGUUCCCAAGAGGCAAUGCCUUCCUGCCACUCAGGAGGAGGAAGGCCAGGCUGGCAUCAGAGUGAGCUGGCCUCACGGCUUCACACAAUCCUCAGUCUCAGCUGUGGCCAUGAAACUAGCAAUGUGGUUCAUUUAUUUUUUUUUCCUUUCCUUUUUUUUUUUUUUUUUUUUUUAGAGACAGAGUCUUACUUUAUCGCCCUCGGUAGAGUGUGGUGGCAUCACAGCUCACAGCAACCUCCAGCUCCUGGGCUUAGGUGACUUUCUUGCCUUAGCCUCCCAAGUAGCUGGGACCACAGGUGCCCACCACAAUGCCUGGCUAUUUUUUUGUUGCAAUUUGGCCGGGGCCGGGCUUGAACCCACCACCCUCGGUAUACAGGGUCAGAGACCUACUCACUGAGCCACAGGUGCCGCCCCAUUUAUUUUGUUUUUUUCAUAACAGCUUGUUAAUAUGGGUGUAAUAUGGUAGAAAAAAUUUUCUCUUCACUCUUUACCAUUUUUGUGGAGAGGGAUAGGUAAGUAUAGAGAGCUUGUAAUGAGAUGAUGCUUGGAGAUUCUUUAGAAGCUAAUUUAGUAUUUGCAUUUCCCUUUGAACAAUUCACACCCACUGUCAUCCCUGCGAAGAAAUGGUGUUCGUCAGUGUGGUUUCUGAGGCUAGUCUGUGUCACUAUUGUCUGGCUCUGGUGCAAGCAGCUUCUGUCUAGUGUGCAACAGUGUAUCAUCCUGCUGGUCACUGUGAACUACCCAGGUACUGCUUCUGACCUUUGUUAAAGUUUCUGUGCUUAUCUGUUUUUACUGUUUACCCAAAUAAUAUGCAUAUGGUUUUGGAAUAAACACAGAAAACAUGAACAGAAUGGGGAACUUCCUUGGAAUGCCUUUCUCAAUUGUUAGCAUUGUCUGUGAGUGGAAGGACUUGGGAGCGGCCAUUUAGGUGAACAAGAUACAUGCGACCCUUGGCCGGCUCCAGCCCUGGCCAGGACCGCAGGCCCUGCUACCUGCACUGUCCAGGCCUUACCCCCGAAGGCCUGGUGCCUCCUUGAUGGGGGUGAUUCAGAGUUUAGGACCAGUCCCCUAGGCCUGCCUCAGAUGUGCUGGGGAGUCAGCUCAUUUCUUGGGUUGAGGGGUCUUGGCUAGUCCCAGUAGGUCACUCUGCAGCUUUAUUUCAGCUGAGGAUGUGGCUCCUCCAGGCUGUGGGAUUGACCUAUAAGGGAAGGAGUGUUUUGCUCAGACACAAAAUGACUUCCUUGUUCUCAGGGCUGUAUUAUCAGUGGUGUGAGGAAAUUCUCUCGGUUUCCUGUGAGAGAAGGCAGGCUGCAUUUAAAAACAAAGUUUGCUAAGCUGAAUCCCUCAAAUCUGCUAAUGUGCUAGUGCUGCUGCUGGGACUCAGACACCAAGCCAAGAUCUGUGUGACCAUCUGUCCUGUGCCGGCUGGGACCCAUGGCAGGUGUACCUGAGACCAGUAUUGGCCAGGGCCAUAGGGCUGGUGUGUCCACUAGGCCUGAGGUAGCAAGAAGGAGCUGUGUGGACCAGUGAUGGUGGGAGGGUUUGCUGGGAUAUGGGACAGCGGCCAGCUCUGAGUCGCUACCAUCCUAGUGGCUGUGCUGCGCUUGGGUUCCUGACUUGUAGUGGAGGGCCCUCAGCAGGGACUGCUCUGAGCAAUAACUGGACCCGAGACCACAGAGCCAGGAGGCUGCCCUGUCAUGGGACUUGGAGCUCAGGUCCCCAUAGGUUAGAAAAACACAGUGAGGGAUAUUUAUUAUGGGAAUUGAAGAUUAAAGAUUUUCCUAAACUUAAUUGACAGUGACUGGUCUCCAUUACCUGUGCUGAGAGGAAUUUUAAAAUAGGGAAAGUGGAAGAAAAGUGUUCUCACUCAGGAGAGAGUUAUAUGAAGUUUCUUUCUUCCUGUGUGUUUUGUGGUGUUCACCUUUAACCACAUUUCAUCCAAAAAGAUGAUGCAGCUUUAACAUAAAUGUUACAUUUUAUUUUCAAGGAAUUAUCUAUGUUCCCUUUGUAAAGGAAAGAUAAUAUUGUAAAUCUUUUUAUUAAAUAAUGUAAAGAUGUAUAUCUGUAUUUUUGGAUCAUGUUAUAGAUUAUGGAUAUAUUGUUUAAUAAAGUAUUUUUUUGAACAAACA